GUCUGGACAAGGUGGUGCGGGGGCAGUUGUGAACUAGCUAUAGAAUAGAUACGGCAGGUGUUGUGUAGCGUGGGAAAUGACGUCGCGUGGGGUCGGGAUCCGUGCAAAAAAGUUGGAUGUGUCUGUGUAUUAGCGAAUACGUGUGUAGCGUGGGAAAUGACGUCGCGUGGGGCCGGGAUCCGUGCAAAAAUGAGCAAUGACAUCAUGUCGUCUGCGCUGUGGCAUCAAAGAGAGAGCUUCACUGCGCGCUCACAUCCUCGCCCAUUUCUGUCCGUGCCCCGCCGCUCCCCCCGCCGCCCGCCGCCGGCUGCCGAGUCCGACGUCCGUCGCCUCCUUGCACUGUGCCACCGCACGCUCCCCGCUCAAGUUGCCCGCUGCUCUUGAUGCUGCUGCUCCUCCUCCAUCCCCUCUCCUCCCGUCCACCAUCAUCCCCUCUCGUCUCCCUCCAUCGUCCACAGAGCCUUACAUGGGAAUCAUCCUGUCCUUUUUAUUCCCCCGAUUGUAUAUGACCACAGAUAAUUCUUCCCUGAGCGCCAGUAGCUCGUCUUCUUCCUCAAGACAACGAGUCCCGCUCUCACCGACCUCUGACGAUCCGUCGUCUCCCUUCGCAGAACUCCCGCCCUCUCCCGUCCUGCCCGGCUCAUUCCUCCAAUCUCCGCCGCAGGAGACGCCGUCGUACAGUCCGCAUGCCAUUGGACUUGGUAUUGUCUCUCCCCUGCCCGUCUUUGGCACCCCCGGCGCCCUGCCGCAUGUCCCUGCACCUCAACGGCCACACAUCGCCUCACCCACGUCACUGCGGUCCAGUUCCUAUGGUCCUUCCGGUAGUGGUAAUUCCGCAGACACGUCUAUUCUUGAUGCACUGCCAUCCGACGAUAUCCAGCCUCCACAGAUGGUCCCGGCCCUGUCAUAUAUCCACCCUCCUACAAAUGCGCUCACCGCCCAUUCCAUCGUCGGCGUCGGACAGGCUUCCGGUACGCAUGGCAGCCUGCACAUCGAUUUUCUCCCGCCCGACCUCACCUCCUUCACAUCGACUGCCUCGCCGCCAUUACUGCCACUACCAUCAAGCGAAAUGUUCCCUUCCACGUCUGCGUCACUCCAUCAGCCUCAGUCUCCUAGUGCGCAAGCUGUUUAUUUCAAUCCGGACGACACAACGUUUCCUCUAGGAGUGGAUAUGUUGAGCCACCCAGAUGUGCAUCUCGACUUUACCGAGUUCGACGCAGAGGGGCUUAGCGCACUCGAGAAGAUAUACCUAUUCUCGAGGAGCCUGGCAGGCUUUCAUCGUGUCUUCAUUGUGCACGCUUUGCCAAAGUACCUCGGUGCAGACGAUGCAGAGAAUGUCACGCUUGCAAGUCACGAGGAAGCAGACCGUGUCAGCCCUGCGGAAGCAGUGGAGUAUGUCCUCCCGCUACUAAACGGCCUCGCGGCUGAUGAAGACGAACUCGUGAAGGAGGCUCUCGCAGCUGAGCUCGUGCCCAUCAUAUGGUGGUUCAUUACCCAUUGCCGGCUUGUUGAGGAUACCGCAGAGCUCACCGUUACCUCUGCUUACCAACACGCGGAUGCAGCGUUACCGCCGCCGGUUGACGUCACCCUCAUCUCCGUGCAGUCAUUCACUCCGAUCCUGGGUACGCUGUUGCUUAGUCAAAACGCGCUUGUUGGCAGCCCUGCGCGACAAGCAGUCGUCGAGCUGCUGAAGAGGAUGUGGCGCGCCAACGAGCGCGCGGAAGGCCGUACGCCACCCCCGCCGCCCGAGUUCGAGCCCGCACGAAAUGACUACGAGGUAGGGUUAUUGGGCGCGCACGAGCGCCGUCUCUUCGAGCAUGAGAUCAUACACAACGUUGUGAUUGGAAUGGGCCGCCUAGACAUGCCAGAGACGGACGAGGUCCCUUUCUCGACAAUCUCGACGCCGCGUAGUGUAGGGGGGCACGAGCAUCACGAACACGGUGAACACCACCACCAUCGCUCUGGCAGCCAUGGUCUCGCAUAUCCGAUGCACACCUCGCCCGUGUCCGUGCCGGACACGUCUACUGCAGGCUCGACACCGCUCGCUCCCCCUAUAGGCACCGCCCCCGACUCGUACUUUCCGGUAAUGCCAUCGCCGCUUCACGACGUACCGUCUGCGCCACCAACUUUGCCGUCAGGGAUCGACAUCGCGGAGAGGGUGCAAAUGCAGGGAUUGGUCCCACCGCCUGCGUUUUCGCUUGGCCAGCUGCCUCCAUCACCUCCUGCGAAGUCCGAGGUAUCCACAUCGACACGUAGCAUACAAGAGUCUCGGGCAGCCGCCGAACUUGCGCCGGGUACUUCUACAUCUCUGCAACCUACUUCUAGCCUCGCACAGUUUGAACCUUCGUCAACGCAGCUGACUUCAUCAUUGCUCUCGAACUCGAAAACUCCCACUCAGACACCUCUUCCACUCUCCGAUGUUGUCAGAGCGCCCGCACCGACGCCAUCCACCUCGUCGGAAUCCAAUGAGUUGACACCACCCCUCACGUCAUCAAGUUCCACCUCGUCGUCAACAUCGCCGACGGGCUCGCCGGAGUUUUUAUACGCCUCCAGCAGUUCGGUGACUCCAACUGGCCCGAAUACGAUCUCCGUGCAAGCAACCUUGGGAAAGGGGGCUGUCGAUGUGGAGAUGGAGGAUCAAGCUCAAGGCGAUGUCGUAAUGUCGGAGAACUGGGCUUCCGGAAGCCCCAAGACGACAGUCUCGGGUCUGCGCAUCGAUUUGCAUGACACACUCUCGCAGUCCGCUCUUGGACAUACAGAAGUAAACAGCAGGCCGGAGGAGCGUGCGCAAACACCUGUGUCUGCAUGGUUGAGCGCUGGACUCCCUGAUGGCGAUGUCAGCAUGCAGGAUGUGUCGGGUACGGUGCAUGAAGGAGAGGGCGUGAAUGAGGAAGAGGAUGAUAUCAGCGAGGAAGCCGCUGUUGGUAGGCUUUCGAGUAUGAGCUUGAUGGCUGCAGUGACGGCUAGCGGUGUUCUCAGGGAGGAGACAAAGCUCGCUUUCGUUAGUGAGGUGGAACGAGUUGGAAGAGAUCCCAUCUAUUGGGUGCGGAGAGAGGCCGCGUUUGCGGUAGGGGCGUUGGCGAAAGUUGUCCCCGACGAGCUGGUCAUCUCCUCGUUGCUCCCAUUAUUUGAAACACUAUACCAGGACCAGACGUGGCACGUCCGACAUUCCGUGCUGUUCGCCCUCCCGGCUAUCCUCUCGAGGCUCCCACCAAAUAACCGCCGCUCGCUGGCGCUGGACGUCAUGCUCCCGCUUGCUCUCGAUGAAUCACCCACUGUCCGCUCCGCCGUGCUUGAAGCGCUCGGAGAAGUGAUGUAUACCUUCAUCCAUGAUGAAAGCGGGCCUCCCAGGGAGCUCCUCAACAUUUUCCUCGGAAUACGUAACGAUAGCGGCACGGGGAGAAUGUCUCCAAAGAUUGACUGGCCUCAAAGGUCAUCGUCAGCGUUUCCGAUAUCAGCAUCUGCUUCAGAGUCGGGUGACUCGAACGCCUCGAAUGCUGGGACUGACAUUUAUGACGAUCCCGGCCGUCCUCUCGUCUGUGCAUUCAACUAUCCGGCAGUGGCGUUAACCCUUGGACGAGCGCGCUGGCCCGAGCUGCGCGACUUGUACCGUUCUCUAUCCCAAAAUCCGUCGUCGAGCGUACGGCGUACGCUCGCUGCUUCCCUCGGGGAAAUGGCAAAGAUCGUCGGGCCGCAGUAUGCGAAGGAGGAUUUGAUGGCUGUGUGGUGGGCUAGCAUAGGCGCGGAUGAGCCUGACGUGCGUUUGAAGGCCGUGGAGAGCGCGGUGACAUUCGUGCGUGCAUUGGCAGAGUCCGAACGAGCCGAGGUUGUCGAGAGCCUUGAAGUGGAGUAUAGCGCUCGGCUGAAGGGUUGGAGAGAGCGAGAGGAGGUGAUAAAGAACCUUCCGGACUUCUUGGGUAUCAGCGGCAUCGAGCCGCGGAUCUUCAGGAAUCUGCUGAUGGCGGCGCUGGAAGACCGGGUGUCCGCGAUCAGGGAAGCGGCUAUAUCUGUGUUGCCUGCGUUUGUGUCGGCAUGGAAGUCGACCCAAUUUAUAGGGGAACUCCGCGAGGAUUUGAGGACGCUGGCACACUCCGAGUCGUAUCGUCAACGUACGACCUUUGUGACGUGCGAGCAGGCGCUGCUGUUGUCCGAUCAUAGAGACGUCGUUCUGCUAGGUGAGGGUUUCUGGGAGACAAUGUCUACGCUUUCCAGGGAUUCUGUCGUAGAUGUGCGGAUCCGCGUUGCCCGCCUGCUCGAAAUCAUAUCGGAGAACUACGUUAGUGAUGAGGGCUCGAUCAUGGCGAAAGUGUUGGCAGUUGCAGAACCCUUGGAACAGGAUGGGUCGCAGGACGUGCGAGCGUUUGCGCAUGCGAUUCGAGCUCGCAGUGAGGACAUCACGCCAACUGGCCGCCCACCGAUGGUGAAAAGUGCCACCACGUUCUCGCGCCCGCCACCUCCUCCGCCGAGUUGACAAUGCUAGCAGAGCCAGGUUAUCCGCGUUGAUUGUCCGUUCCGGACCUCGACGUGUCUGCUCCAUUCACCGCGUCAAUGUAAGCGGAUUGUCCUGUUCGUCGUGGAUUGUGGCCGCAUCAACGGUCGUUCGCAAAAAGCACCGCAUAUUCGGUUGGAAUUCUCACCAUGCUAGCAUCUCAUCGGGACUCCACAAGAGCGUGCUCGCAUUGCUAGAGCCUAUGGCCGACAUUAUUGGAUCCGCUUCGUACGCGCCCCGCGGCAUUAAUUCGGACCUUGUCUUGUUUCAUGUAUUGUUUGUGGCCUAAUUCGUGCCUUUAUUCGUUGUAGCAGUCAUAUCAUAUACUUUAGAUCAUACCUCACAUCAUUAUUCAUAUAUUUUUGUGUAAUUGGCAAAC